AUGGCCACCUUUGUCCUCCUAGUCUCUCCUCUUCCCUAUGUAGUUCGCAAGAGGCUCUUCCACUUUCUCUCGGAGAGUCCUCUUGUUGCCAAGCUCGCCUAUGGUGUGAAAAUAGCAUUCAUAUUCAUCACAAUUCUGUUUGUGGAUGCGCUACAGAGGAUGUGGAGGAUAACUGCCGAGGCCGAUCUCACAAAGUCGCAACAAGGCACGGCGGAUGUCCGCGCGGAGACGAACAUCGCUGCGCGCAAGUUCUACGCGCAACGGAAUGUCUACCUCACGGGCUUUUGCCUGUUCCUCUCUCUUAUCCUCACGCGGACUUUCUACAUCCUCCUCGAUUUAAUCCAUACUCAAGAGGAGUAUGCCAAGUUGAAGCAGAGCACGAGUGGCAAGUCUACCGGUGGCGACCAAACCCAGCAGAUUCAGGAACUCAAGGCUAAGCUCGCGGCCGCUGAGAAGAAGGCAGCUGAUUACGAUAUCGUGAAGAAGCAGGCGGAACAAAAUGCGAAGGAGUACGACCGCCUCGCCACCGAGUUCAACGCCAAGACGGGGAACAUCUCCGACAAGCGUAGGGAUUGA